AGCAAGUAAGCAGUCUGCUGUAGUCCAGUCAACAACACUAUGAGGCUGAUCGUUGUGGUGGCGUUUGUGGCGGUCGUGGCGGCCUCCGGCUGGGCGAUGCCCAGCUCCUUCGGCGGCAGCAGCAACGGAGGCGGAGCGUACGGCGCCUCAGGCCGUGGAGCCAGCGGCCAGGGUGGCGGCAGAGGAGGCAGCGGAAGCCAAGGCUCAUUUGGAGGCAACGGAGGAGGCUAUGGUUCCAGCGGAGGGGAAAAUGGAGGCAACGGAGGAGGCUAUGGUUCCAGCGGAGGGGGAAAUGGAGGCAACGGAGGGAGAAAUGGAGGCAGCGGAGGAGGCUAUGGCUCCAACGGAGGGGGAAAUGGAGGCAACGGAGGAGGCUAUGGUUCCAACGGAGGGGGAAAUGGAAGCAACGGAGGAGGCUAUGGCUCCAACGGAGGGGGAAAUGGAGGCAACGGAGGAGGCUAUGGCUCCAACGGAGGGGGAAAUGGAGGCAACGCAGGAGGCUAUGGUUCCAACGGAGGGGGAAAUGGAGGCAGCGGAGGAAGAUAUGUGUCUAAUGGCGGGGGAAGCAGAGGCAACGGUGGCGGUUACGGUUCCAACGGAAGGGGAAACGGAAGCAACGGGGCCGGGGGUCACAGUGGCUCUAACGGAGGUUCUGGCAACGGCAACCAAAAUGGAGUCGCCAAAGCAACAGUUAGCUUCCACCUCGGCGCUCCACAAGGCAAUGGCAACGGAGGGGGAGGCUAUGGUGGUUCCAACGGUGGGAAUAAUGGAGGUAAUGGUGGCGCUCAUGGAGGAAAUAACGGAGGCAACGGCGGCGGUUUUGGCGGCUCCAACGGGGGAAAUAACGGAGGCAACGGCGGCGGUUAUGGCGGGUCCAACGGAGGCUCCAACGGGGGAAAUAACGGAGGCAACAGCGGUGGUUAUGGCGGCUCCAACGGAGGAUUCAACGGGGGAAAUAACGGAGGCAACGGCGGCGGUUAUGGCGGCUCCAACGGAGGCUCCAACGGGGGAAAUAACGGAGGCAACAGCGGUGGUUAUGGCGGCUCCAACGGAGGCUUCAGCGGGGGAAAUAACGGAGGCAACGGCAGUGGUUAUGGCGGCUCCAACGGAGGCUCCAACGGGGGAAAUAACGGAGGCAACGGCGGCGGUUAUGGCGGCUCCAACGGAGGCUUCAGCGGGGGAAAUAACGGAGGCAACGGCGGUAGUUAUCGCGGCUCCAACGGAGGAUUCAACGGGGGAAAUAACGGAGGCAACGGCGGCGGUUAUGGCGGCUCCAACGGAGGAUUCAACGGGGGAAAUAACGGAGGCAACGGCGGUGGUUAUGGCGGCUCCAACGGGGGAAAUAACGGAGGCAACGGUGGAGGACAUGGCGGCUCCAGCGGAGGCAGCGGAGGCGGCUACGGAAAAUGAACAUGGUGAAAUAUUUUUUCAGUUUGUCAAAUAAGAUUUUUUCCUGAGUCGAUGCUAUACUCAACACGUUCGUAAUAAAUUAUUCAAUGCG